AUGGCGACGCAACUCGUCCCGCUCCCCGAGGUGGAGCGUCUCAGCGCGUCGGUGAUUAGAAUCUUAGGCGGGAAUCCGGGAAAGCGCAUCCUCAUUGAUACUGGCGAGGGCAAGCCCGCAUGGGCUGCCAGCUUACAAUCCGUGCUCUCCGAAGAAAAAGCCACCGUGCACCAGGCCCUGCUCACUCACUGGCAUGGCGACCACGUUAACGGGCUCGCGGACCUGCAGCGCAUCUGCCCGACGGCCCAGGUCUUCAAGCACCAGCCUGAUGACGGACAGACCGAUAUCCAGGAUGGCCAGGUAUUUCGUGUCGAGGGGGCAACGCUGACUGCGUUGCAUACUCCAGGACAUACGGUCGAUCACAUGGCGUUUGUGCUGGAAGAGGAGGAUGCAAUGUUUACGGGUGACAACGUCCUCGGCCACGGCACCGCCGUCUUCGAAGAUCUCAAGGUCUACCUCUCUAGCUUGAAUCGCAUGCGCGACCGCGUUCAGGGCCGUGGGUACCCCGGACAUGGUGCCGUGAUCGAGAACACGACCGCCCGCGUCGCCGAGUACAUCCAACACCGGCAGCAGCGGGAGGAUGAGGUGCUGCGUGUACUACGGCACGGCUCGCUGGACGUGGUGCCGGACGAACCCUCGCCCGAGCGCCGCCGGACCUGGACGCCUAUCGAGCUCGUGAAGCAAAUCUACCGUAAUGUACCCGAGAAUCUGCACUUGCCAGCGUCGCAUGGGGUGCUAAAGGUACUGAUGAAGUUGGAGGAGGAGGGGCGGACAGUACAUGAUUCCAAGUCUGGGGCAUGGUCGUUGGCUGGGGAGAAGUCGGCGCUGUGA